CCUCCCAUCAGCUGUUUUUGUUUUGUUGUGGGGCUACUGGAAGUUAAAACACAAUAAUCACAUCUGUGUCUCAUUGUUGAAGUAUAAAGACUUGUUAAUGGAAUAUCAUAUCUAAUCUUUAACACACUGAUGAUAAGUUGUACCUGUUUGAUUGGAAAAUUUUGGCUUUUGAACCACCCAGAUCUAUCCGGACAUUCCUCUCCCGAAGAAGAGUGUGAGCGUGGCGCUUGAGUCUGGGAGCGGAGGAGGGGACACUGGUUCCGACUGGGAUCGACUGGAGCUCAAGGCCUUCGACCUCGGCCAACAAGAGGAGAGGGACAAUCGGCUGCUGGGAUGGAGCCCCAGGAAGCACCGGACGGCCCCGACGCCCAGCAAGGCUUCAUCUGUGCUUCGUUUAACCAGGACACCACAUCUCUGUCAAUGGGGACUAAGACUGGAUAUCGGCUAUUCUCUGUAACAUCUGUGGACAAGCUGGACUGUAUCCAUGAAGGAGUUGAGUGCCCAGAUGUCUAUAUAGUGGAGCGGUUAUUCUCCAGCAGUCUUGUUGUGGUGGUCAGCCUUUCCAUGCCACGUCGAAUGAAUGUCUACCACUUCAAGAAGGGAACCGAGAUUUGUAACUACAGCUACUCCAACAACAUCCUUUCCGUCAGACUAAACAGACAGCGACUAGUGGUCUGCUUAGAGGAGUCCAUAUACAUUCACAAUAUCAAAGACAUGAAGCUGCUCAAGACCCUGCUCAACACACCCACAAAUCCCUCAGGAUUGUGUGCACUCUCUGUGAACCACAGUAACUCGUACUUGGCAUAUCCUGGUAGUGCCACCAUUGGAGAAAUCACAGUCUAUGAUGCCAACAGCUUGAGCACAGUGACACUGAUACAGGCUCAUGACAGUCCACUGGCAGCACUAACAUUCAACGCAUCAGGCAGCAAACUGGCCAGUGCCUCAGAAAAGGGCACUGUCAUCAGAGUCUUCAGCAUUCCAGAAGGAGAUAAGCUCUUUGAAUUUAGACGAGGGAUGAAAAGAUAUGUCAGCAUUAGUUCGCUGUCCUUCAGUGCAGACGGACAGUUUCUGUGUGCCUCCAGUAACACAGAGACCGUGCAUAUAUUUAAACUGGAGCAGCACAGCCCUAGGGAAGAUGAAGAGUCGCCCACAUGGUCUGCAUAUGUGGGGAAGAUGUUCACAGCUGCUAGUACCUACUUACCCAGUCAAGUAUCAGACAUGAUGCACCAGGACCGAGCCUUUGCCACUGUGAGACUCAACAUGUUUGGAUUAAAGAACAUCUGUGCACUGGCCAUGAUUCAGAAACUCCCUCGUCUGUUGGUGGCUUCAUCUGAUGGGUUUUUGUAUAUUUACAAUGUGGACCCACAAGAUGGGGGCGAGUGUGUGCUGGUCCAAAAGCACAGGCUGUUUGAGGGUGAUGAUGAACUCGUGGAGGAGAAAAAAGAGGAAGAGGAAAACACAGAAGAUGUCACACCUCAACCACCCAGUCAGUCAUAUGCUGCUACUGUGGCUCUGCCAUCAACACCACCUUCCUCCACUACGCUUAUGGGAUAUUCUGAAGAGGGUGGCGCACAGAAAGGAGAGGUCAUCCCAGAGCAUGAGUUAGCAGAGAGCCCUGUCCGCCUGGAUGAUGAAAAUGAAUUCCCACCAGUUGGUAAUCAGAGUAACUGACCAAAAUACUUCACCUUUCCCCUCCUCACUCCUUGCAUACUGACUUGUAUAAAGCAAUGGACUGUCGUCCCUCUAUUCACUUUUGAAAAGAAAAGGGAAAAAACACAAAAAUAUAAGUCUAAACAUUUCAGAGUAGUUUUAGCAUAAUACAACAGUGUUAUAAUGUCUACAUAAACUGCCAUCUUUAUACAUUCAGUUUGGUUUGUCUAAAAGAGCAAGAACUGGGGAAAAAACAACUAUUGCCAUACUGUUGUAAGCAAUGAAAUAGCAGCUUAAAAGAAACUUGAAAGAAUGUGAAGAAUGAGCACCUUGAAAGCUAUAAUUUUGCAGGGCUCACCAAAUGGGUUCUACACAGUGGGCAUUGCAGGUGUCACAGCUGUAAGGAAAUAGUGAAAAGAGAAAGAAUUUGUGUGUUACACUAUUUAAAAUGAUGCAGUAAGUAUUAAAUGACUUGCAGAUGCAGCUGUUGUAUCAAUUACCGUAGCAUUAGAUGUGGCUCUUCUGCAGAGUCAGCUUGUGCAAGGAAUCUCUAAGGAAGCUAAAAAGGUUAAUCCAUUUCAGCAGCAUCGUAAAUAUGUAACAUGUUGAUAUUUUUACUCAUAUUAUGUUUUUUAAACUGUUAUACAUUAAGCAUCAACACAACCAUGUGUAAUUAUAUAUUUUAAAUAAUUUUUCUAUAAGGUAUGUUGUAUAUAUAGUAUAGCGUUUAUUUACAAAUGGUACUAUUGUAAUGAAUAAUAUGGUAAUAAAGUGAAGCGGCCAAUGGGUGGCACUGUUGAA